AUGGCCAUGGACACCCCUCUCCUGUACGCCAUCAUUGAUAUGGGCAGUAAUGGGAUUCGGUUCUCCAUUACCGAUCUCUCACAGCCCACCGCGCGCAUCCUGCCUACGAUCUUUCACGAUCGCGUCGGCAUCUCUCUCUACGAGGCCCAGUUUUCCUCCGGAAACUCCCCUGGAACACGGGGUCCGAUCCCGCAGGAUGUCAUGAACCGCGUGGGGGACCACUUUGUACGGUUUCAAGUCACCUGCGGAGACUUUGGCGUCCCUGCGGACAACAUCUACGUGCUGGCCACGGAGGCGACUCGAACGGCGCCGAAUUCAGAUGAGUUCCGUGCCUACAUCAAGGCUCGCACCGGCUGGGAGGUCACUCUCCUGUCCAAGGAGGAGGAAGGCCGCAUUGGAGCUUUGGGCAUCGCCAGCAGCGCGUCAUCCGUCGCCGGUCUAGCCAUGGACCUCGGCGGUGGCAGUACGCAGUUUACGUGGGUUAUCGAGGAGGAUGGAGUGAUCCAAACGAGUCCUCAGGGAUCAUUCAGCUUCCCGUACGGCGCAGCCGCCCUGACCAGACGACUGGAGCAGGAGGGGGGCACGAAAAAGGCCGAGAGAGCCUUACGCGAGGAAAUCGCCCAGCGGUUUCGUGAUGCGUAUCCGCAACUCGGGAUCCCCGAGUCGCUGUUCGAAACGGCGAGACGAAAGGGCCGGCUCGACCUCUACCUCUGUGGCGGUGGAUUUCGUGGUUGGGGCUACGUGCUCAUGCAGCAAUCCCAUAUCGACCCCUAUCCCAUCCCGAUCAUCAAUGGGUUCCAAGCCCGCCGGGCUGACUUUCACGACACAAUCUCUGUGCUGGAUGUAGUGACCGACUCGGACGUGAAGAUCUUCGGCGUGUCGAAACGGCGCGCUUCGCAGAUUCCCGCCGUCGCUGUUUUGAUUGAUGCCAUCAUGGACGCGUUGCCCGCCAUCACACACAUCCAGUUCUGUCACGGCGGCGUGCGUGAGGGCUUUCUCUUCGACCGACUACCUCGCGAGAUUCGUGCCCAGGAUCCGCUCGGUGCAGCCACAUUACCCUACGCCCCGCCGUCGGCGGACGCCCUCUGCAAGCUACUGAGUUCUACGUUGCCGACUUCGCCGUCUCCGAUCGCGGGGCACACUCCUCCGGAGUCGUUUUCUCCACGACUGCUGGCCGCCAUUACCAAUUUGUUAUACGCACAUUCUCGAGGACCCCGCGAAACCCGUUCUGCGGCAGCGUUGCACUGCACAACGACCGGCAUACUAGGGUCAGCGACGAGCCUGUCGCAUGCUGAGCGCGCCAUUAUCGCUUUGGUGCUCUGUGAGCGCUGGGCCGGCGAUCUGUCGCCCGCGGACUUGGCCUACCAGCAUCAGUUGCAGCGGACCCUGACCCCACAGGAAGCCUGGUGGUGUCGAUUCGUGGGCCAGGUCGCGACCCUGGUCGGGGAUGUGUAUCCCGCCGGCCGCGUCACCCGCUGGCGGAUCCAGUGCGAGACCCUGUGGGAGGAGGUGGUCAAGAAGAAAGAACGAUGCGAUUUGCUACGAGUCCGGGUGCGCUGUAACGCGGACGAUGCGGGUGCGACCACGAUGCAGGAGAGCCUGCAGGAAUGGACGCACACAGUCGAGAAGAGUGGAAAGAAGAAGAAUUGGGUGAGGCAGUAUGGCAUCCGAGUGGGGGGAACAAUCUGCUAG